GCAGUGCAAUGCGUUUGACUGUGGAAUUUUUGCUCUGAAGUUUGUAGACUACGUUGUAUCUGGGAAGGAUUUAACUUUCAGUCAGGUUCAGAAAGGAAAUGGCGGACGAAAUCAUGGCAAUGAGACUAAGAUCGGAAGAGACAGAGCAUUUAAUUAACAGAAGACGUCAACCAGUUUCUGCUGUAACACCUGAGGUUUCAGUUGAGUCCAAUGAGCACCUGCUAGAUGUGGGUUACAAGAUCCAAGUUCCAAGAAAAGAUGGUAAUAAUGAGGAUUAUGUGUCAAACAGUACAAGUGGAACCGAAAGUGACGAAGUCGAUAAUGCUGCAAAUAUAUUCUCUCCUGUUUUGUUUGGCCGAGUACGAAAACAGAUUAACCACAACAAAGAGACCUCAUUAGAACCUCGAAGACUUAACACUGUUGGUUGUGUGAAUCCAGACAACUAUAUUGAUGAUUGCGAUACAGCUUUAACUGUUGAAAUUCAAAAGUCACACAGUAACAAGAGGCGAAGUUUGAAAAGGAAAAAAUUGUUUUCCAGUUCUUCCUCUGAAGAUGAAAACUGUCCAUCAAAUUUGGCAGUUGAAACAAGCCCUGCAAGAGAAGAAUCGUGUGAGGCAGAGGCUUCAUUAACUAGUGAGGAUGAGCUGUCGGAAAAUAGUAAGCCCAAUGUGAAUACUGCUACCACAACAUCAGCCUCAGGAGUGUCUCUACGAUGCGCACAGAGAAAUGAAAACAAGACGAGAAUUUAUGACAAGAGACAAGCAUGCUACUAUUGUGGGAAAUUGUUCACUAAAAUUGCAAGACACUACGAACAGAAGCACGAGAGUGAAAGAGAAGUCACGAUUGCCCUUUCCUUUAAUAAAGGGUCUCCUAAUCGCAAAAAACAUCUUGAAAAGCUUCGACUUUUAGGGAACUAUCAUCACAAUUUGACAGUUUUAGAAGUUGGCAAAGGGGAACUGAUUGUAUCAAGACGUCCCUCCACCACUAAGAGAUGCAACCCUAAUGAUUUCCUUCCCUGUGAACAUUGCUUAGGUUUUAUAAGACGCCAAGAAUUAUGGAAGCAUGUCAAAUCGUGCAAGUUUAAGUCGGAGAAUAUCGAAACCCCAAAAUACCAGAAAGUACAGGAGAAAUCAAAACUUUUGCUAUAUCCAGCCAUUAGCACUGACACCAGAACCACACGUUUAAGCAAAAUCUUGGCAACAAUGAAGAGCGAUGAAGUUUCUAUUGCAGCAAGAAACGAUUGGCUCAUCAAGGAGAUUGGAGUCGUUUUAGUCGAGAAAUACGGAGAAAAACAAAACAGCCUCAUUUCUCAAAAAAUGAGAGAACUUUCUCGACUGUUACUGCAGCUUCGUGAAACGGAUGCCAGUCCUAAUUCCAGCCUUUCUGAUUUCAUUAAGCCUGGAAGGUUUGAUGAUGUUGUGAGUGCUGUAAAAAGUAUUUCCAAAUUUCAAUUUGACAAAGGUGUUCAAGAUGUGGCAACUCCGUCGUUGUCGUUGAAGAUUGGUCAUUCCUUAAAGAAGUGUGUCAACAUCCUUAGGGGUCAUGCCUUGCGCGCAAAGGAUAAAGUUUUGGAAGAAGAUGCCGACAAUUUUGAAAGACUUAUUGUCUCAGAGUGGAGUUAUCUUGUUUCUCAUCAUUCCCUCAAUGCUCUCAACACGAAGAAGUUCAACAAAGUGGAGCUGUUGCCACUCGCAGAAGAUCUUGAGAAGCUAAGAAAAAGUCUCCUUGCAAAGAUAUCUUCCAACGUAGAACGCCUUGAACAGCAGCCUCAGCUAGAAGUCUGGAGUGAUUUAGCACAGGCUACUCUAGCUAGACUGGUCAUAUUCAACAAAAGAAGAGGAGGAGAAGCCUCAAAAUUGCUGAUUGAAAGCUACCUCAAGAGACCAGACUGGUCACAAGUUAACAGUACCGAAGUAUUAUCAUCUCUGAGUGGUUUUGAAAAAGAGUUGUCCAAAACGCUCGACAUGGUUGAAAUACGCGGCAAGAGAGGCAGAAAGGUGCCAGUCAUUUUGACCACAGAGAUGACCAAUAGCAUCAAUCUUCUCAUCAAGAAGAGGAAGGAUGUUGGCAUACCGGACGAAAAUCCGUACGUAUUUGCCAGACCAAGCAGACAAUCAUUAGAUCACAUGCGAGCGUGUGAUUGCCUCAGGAAAUUCGCAACACAGUGUGAACCAGUUUUGUCAAACCCAGCAGCUAUUACAAGUACCAAGCUGAGGAAACACAUAGCUACCAUUUCUCAAGUACUUUCCCUUAAAGAAACAGAGGUAGACUGGCUAGCAAGGCACCUGGGCCACGAUAUUAAAGUGCAUCGGGACUUUUACAGGCUUCACGAAUCAACCAUUGAAAUUGCUAAAGUCAGCAAACUUCUCCUCACAGUAGAUCAAGGUGAAACAAGCAAGUUUGUGGGGAAAACAUUGGCAGAAAUUGAUCUCAAUGAAAUCCCAGAACCCGACCUUUCCGAAGGGGAUGAUGACGAUGAUGGCGACGAUGACGACGACGACGACGACAACGACGACGACAACGACGGUGACAGAGCUAAGAAUGUUAAAGGAAGCUUGUCAGUACGAAGAGCACCUGCCAAGAAGGAAAGAAGCAGAUGUCACGGCCCAGCCAAGGAAAAUGCUGACACGCCAGCGCCAAAGUCAAAGAAACGAAGAGCAUCUGCCAAAAAGGAAAGAAGCAAAUGUCACGGCCCAGCCAAAGAAAAUGCUGACACGUCAGUGUCAAAGGCAAAGACCAUGGCUGAUCCAGAAUUUUCAGACAAAGAUUGGGAACCAAAUGAGGGUGAUGACGAUGACAGCAAUGCUGAAGAUGGUUAUCAACAAACUGCUUUAGGGACAAAGAAGGCAAAGUGUGGUCGUUUUUCACGAGACAAAAGUUGGACUAAGGAGAAAGCAGCAUCGUUUAAAACUAGAAAAGCAUUUACGCGAACACAGUGGACGAAAGAGGAAAAAGAAGCAGUUUUCAAGUAUCUUUCUUACCAUAUCAACAGAGGAUGUGUUCCCGGAAAAGGUGAUUGCGAGAAAUGUAUUAAUAAAGCAGGUAGCACCCUUCAGCGCAGAGACUGGACAGCGGUAAAGUAUUACGUAAAAAACCAGAUAGAAAAAAGGAAAAAGGUUCUUGUCCCUAAAAGCACUAAUCACUAUAGUGAGUAGCUAUUGUCUGAACACUUGUGCCUGGAAAACAUUGCACGAUUAACAGUAAACUUGCAAAACAUUUUGCCAGUUAAGAGGUAAGAAAAUAAAAUCUAGUUGUAAGUAUUUUCUAAGCUUACGCUACUUCACAUUGUGGAGAAGUAAAGGCAUGUGCACAACAGAUAAACGAGAGCUAAGAUCACUGCUUACGACAUCUGACUGAAGUUGAUAUACUAAAAGACCUAAGAAAGGCCUGGAAAAUGUUUUCGGGAUUCGUCAACUAACAGGAUUUUUUUUUCAGUACUAUGAUUGUAUGACGGAGUAGCCGUCUGCAGCUUUUGUGGCUGUUAAAAAUACUGUUAGGAACUGUUUCUCUAAAACAUCGGCAAUUUUUAACAAACAAAUUGGUUUUUCCAACGACGGGUAAAAUUAGCAGUCAAUCUGUGGUUUGAUUGUUGAGUUGGUUGACCAGAUGGUCCCAAA